AUGGAGAGAGCAGUGAGGUUUGUUGUUUUGGUUUUCUUUGCCAUUGGAGUUCUGAAAACAGGAGCUGAUAACGGAAAGGUUCCGGCACUGUUUUCAUUUGGAGACUCAAUUCUUGACACAGGAAAUAAUAACAACCUCCCUUCACUGAUUAAGUGCAAUUAUCCUCCCUAUGGAAGGAAUUUCUAUGGAGGAAAAGCAACAGGAAGAUUCUGCAAUGGAAGGAACCCCUCAGAUUUGAUCGCGGAUGCUUUGGGAAUCAAAGCGACGUUGCCGGCAUAUCUGGACCCUAACUUGAGGACUGGAGAUCUGCCCAGCGGCGUAAGCUUUGCUUCGGGCGGUUCUGGGAUUGACGUUCAAACCGCCACAAAUCAGAAUCUAUAUGAACUUGGAGCACGACGAGUGUGGGUACUAAGUACAUUACCACUGGGAUGCUUGCCUGGAGGUAGAACCAUAGGAGGGGGACCCUUAAGGUUUUGUGCACCCAUUGUGAAUGGACAAGCACAGUUAUUCAAUGGCCUCUUAUCAUCAGCAGUUCAUUCCAUCAGAUCAAGUCUUCCCAAUUUCGACAUCCGCUUCAUCGAUGUCUACACUCCCCUGCUUAAUCUAAUACAAAAUCCUCAACAAGCAGGGUUUUUAGACGUUGCAGAAGGGUGUUGUGGGACUGGUGUUUUCGGAGUUGCAGGGCUGUGUACUCUUUUCAGUGUGUGUCCAAAUCCUGCUACUUACGUUUUCUGGGAUUAUGCUCAUCCAACUGAGAGAGCUUAUCAGUUUGUGGUCUCUUCUGUGCUUCACAUAGCUCGGUACAUGAAACUAUUACCAACAGUGUUGCUCAAGAAUUGUAAGAAGCAGAUUGACAUGAAAUACGGUGAAAGCUCUUAG